AUGACCCUGAUUUCUUCCCUUGUGUCGACCCUUAGCUUUGGCUACUAUGGUGACAAUUCGAAUGGAGAGACCACUCUGACCGUCAAAUCGCCAAAUGUUAAAAAUGAUGGUGUCAGCCUAGAAUCCAAGUAUACCUACCGAAGAAACAAGAUCUCCAAGGAUGGGAACCACAUCACCGUGGUCCCAGAAACUCAUGAAUACCACUUCCGAACCAUCCUUAAACCAAGGAAAACUGGAAUUCUGUUGGUUGGAAUUGGUGGAAAUAACGGGACCACUUUGUUUGGAUCCAUUGUUGCCAACCGAGAGAAGAUGGAAUGGAGGCAAAGAAACGGAGUCCAGAAGGCCAAUUACUAUGGAUCCGUGACUCAAUCAAGUACCGUUCAUCUAGGUUAUGAUGGCCAAGAACAAGUCCACGUCCCUUUCAACGCUCUUUUGCCAAUGGUUGACCCCAACGAGUUGAUUAUCGAUGGCUGGGAUAUCAAUGGAGCUAAUCUUUAUGAAGCCGCUCAAAGAGCGAGGGUAUUUGAUCCAGAGUUACUGGAUAAACUUAAGCCCCACAUGGAGAACGUUAAGCCCAAGCCCUCCAUUUAUUAUCCCGAUUUCAUUGCGUCCAAUCAAAGUGAUCGGGCGGAUAAUGUUAUCAGUGGAGAUACGAAGAAAGAGCAUCUAGAGCACAUCCGAAAUGAUAUCAGAGAGUUCAAAGAGAAGAAUAAUUUGGGUAAGCAAAAGCUAAUGUAAUUUUAGCUCCAUCUGAUUCUAAUAUAACGCUAAUCUAUAUCAAUGGCAAAUUUCAGAAACCGUCAUCGUUCUCUGGACCGCAAAUACCGAACGCUAUACUGAGAUUGCUACUGGCCUCAACACAACUGCAGAUGAAAUUCUCAGGUCGAUUGAUGAAAACGUUGAUGAAAUUUCUCCUUCAAACAUCUUCGCUGUCGCCGCUAUUCUCGAAGGAGCUCACUACAUUAACGGGUCCCCGCAGAACACAUUGACUCCCGGAAUUGUCGAGCUAGCUCAGAGGGAAAAGGUUUUUGUUGGUGGAGAUGACUUCAAAAGUGGGCAAACCAAAUUAAAGUCAGCCUUGGUUGACUUCAUGGUCAGUUCUGGAAUCAAACCCGAAUCCAUCGUAUCUUACAAUCAUCUGGGCAACAACGAUGGGAAAAAUCUGAGUGAGGAGAGGCAGUUCAGGUAAGAACUCAACGAUUCUGAAGUAACCAUAUCAAAUAUCAUAUCUGAUAUGAGUAACAAACAACCUAUCAAUUUCAGAUCCAAAGAGAUCAGUAAAUCCUCUGUAGUGGAUGACAUGGUAGCCGCCAAUCGCACUCUCUAUCCAGAUGGCAAGAAGCCGGAUCAUGUGAUCGUCAUCAAAUACGUUCCUUACGUUGGGGACAGUAAACGAGCCAUGGAUGAAUACAUCUCCAGCAUUUUCAUGGGUGGACAGCAAACUUUGGUGAUCCAUAAUACCUGUGAGGAUUCUCUUCUGGCCGCGCCUUUGAUCCUGGAUUUGGUCAUCAUGACCGAACUGUGCUCGAGGAUUACGGUAAGUCAAUUGUUGCCUAAUGGAUAUAUAGUUAUCGGUAUGUCUCGACCGAUAUGCACUUCUACCUGAAGAAACACUUAUUUCUUCUUUUUUCAGUACUCCAAUUCCUCUACCCAAAGUUUCGAAUCUUUCAAUUCAGUUCUUGGUUUGUUGGCCCUAUUCCUAAAGGCCCCAAUGGUCCCACCAGGAACUCCAGUCUGCAAUGCAUUUAUGAAGCAGAUUACAUCUCUGACCAAGCUCUUAACUAUUGCCUCCGGAUGUGGAUCUGAUACUGAGCUUCAACUCGAAUUUUACACCAAAUUAUAA